CGAUUUUCGACGGAAAGGCCAGCGAUGAUAGCGGCGAUUGAGGUGCUGUCAGCUCACACGCUGCGGAUCGGCGCCAUUCUCGAGCUGAUCUCCGUGAUCUUUGCCCACACCCUGUUCGUCUCCGGAUGCCUUUCCCCUAUCUAUGACGUGUAUGCGGCGUCCAUGACGGGCCAGCCCGUCGAUGACUACGAUGCCAAGAUGAAGGCCGCCGUUGCAGCCGCCCGCAAAUGGAGUCUGCCCUCCCUCUAUGGGCAGGUGCCGUGGAUGACGGGCGCCCUGUUCAUUCUCGGCUUCCAGGUGAGCAUUCCACUGCAGACAGAGCGGAGGUGAGCUGUGUGUGUGUGUGUGUCGCGUCAACAGGUGAAGCUCACUGCAGACCCCUGGCUGUCCUCUCGGCAUCGUCUGUUUCGGCUGGGAAUCGGAGUGCUGCAGAUCGGUGCCUUCCUGGACGUCACCUGGAACCUCGUCAGUCUCGCCGAGUGGUCAGCUUGAGGGCGUCCCAGAUCCCAUCGAGGGUGGCACGUGUAUGCGUGUGUCUGUGUGUGUGUGCAGGGUGAUUGCCGUCAACUAUGUGAAGGCCUCCGACGCGACCGUUACCGCCCUCAUUGAAGGAGGGUUCUUCUGGUGGCCUGAGAUGCUCUUCGAGUGUUUCUUCUCGCUGCAGGCACUGGUGAGUGAGCGCGAGUGACGGUGUGGUGCCCGUACGUGUGUGUCGCGCGUAGUUGUAUGGUGUGGCUUUCAUGCUGCUGGAUGUGCAUCAUCCGGAGGGCGGCAGCACCUGCCUGGCCUGGACCCUCCUCGUCUCGUGGACACUCACAGGCACCACCGGUACACACACACACAAACAGGCACACACAGGGACACACAGAAACGGUGCACAUGGAUGUGUGCGUUUGCAUUCAGCCUUUCUCCGUCUGCUGGUGCCCCCCUCGUUUGCACCGCUGAGCGUUGUGGUGCCCCUGGACACGCUGCAGCCCUUCUCUCUCAUCCUAUCUCUCACCCUCACUGUCGUCUGGUCUUUCUUAUUCGAGCCGGCCGUCAACAGAGGCAUGGACGCUGAGGCUGGUGGUGCUGAUGAGUAUGGUGGCCAGAGCAUACCCAGCCAUCCAGUGUGGCAAUCGGCUGGUGUGAGUUACGGCCCUCUGAAUGCUGCUGCUGCCCCGCCACACGCAUACGAGAUGGGUCAGGCGUAUAAGUAAAGGAGAGCGGGACAGUGAGUGGAUGGAGGUGUGCUGAUGUGUCGUUGCAAAGGGACAGUGUGUCCAUUUAGCCAGGUGUGUAUAUGGCUUGCGUUGCGUUGAGGAGGCUAUUUGACUAGGUGAGUGCCAUUUAGGUUUAUGCGAUGCGAUGCAAUGUGAGGGUAUUAGUGGUGCGUUUCGGUGUGUGUCCUCCCUCCCUUAAGGUGUAAGGUAAGGUGUGUUUCUGCCUGCUUUAUCCGUCCGUGCAAUGCGAU